CGGUCUUUACAUUUUGGAUUCCUACCUCGUCAUCCUACGUGCCCAAGUAAGCAAACCAAUAAUAUCAAACUAACAACCAAGACUUAUUUAUAUUUAUAUACGUACGUGUAUAUAUAUACAUACGUGUAACCUCAUCUCUGCCCAAGCUAGGAUCUCACCUGUUUGUCUCAUUCCUCUCUCAAAUUUGAGCCAGCAAAUAUACGAAUUUCUCGAAAGUGCGAUUCUUAGUCAAGCGGGCAACACUCAAAUACGUCGAUAUGGCGUUCUCUCCGAUUAUCACAGCUACUAUUCAAUCUGCGGUUCUUGCGGCUACGUCUAACCUUCUGGCGCAAGGCCUGACGGCGUAUCAGAAUGAGGUUCCUCUUGUUAUCGACUGGGUGCCAGUCUUCCAAUUUGUCCUUUACGCAUUUCUCAAUGUACCACCCAACUUCCUAUGGCAAGAGUUUAUAGAGGACUCCUUUCCGGCGUACCAUUUAACGCCUACGUCCGCCGCUGUGGCGUCCGCGGCAGCAAACGAUGAGAAAGCGCUUGAGAAAGAAGAGGAAGAGGGCAAGUUGGUAGAACGUAAACUUCACAUUGGCAACACGGCCAUCAAGAUGAUUCUAGACCAAACCGUCGGCGCGGUCGUCAACACCUUUCUCUUCAGCCUGUUUAUACAUUCCAUCCAAGACGCUAUGCUGCGACCCCUAGGUGCACCACUUAGCGGCCCGGCGAAGAGCGCCCAGUAUCUAUUUUCCCGUGGUGCUGUCGACUAUAGUAAAGUCAAUUGGGCGAGCGUCGUCGCUCGUAGCCGCGCUGAGUUCUACGAGCUCCUUGUCGCUGGAUGGAAGGUGUGGCCAGUCAUAAGCUUGAUCAACUUUGCCUUUAUUACAAGCAUUCAGGGCCGCAACCUAGUCGGUAGUCUUGCUGGUGUUGGCUGGGGCAUUUAUAUGAGCCUUAUUACCGCUCGCUAGGAACAGGAGUUGAAACUGGCACGACUGCUAUGUGUCAGUUCUGAGAUCCGCAUUCCUAUCGGCAAUCAAGGGCGUUACGGGAUUUUCGAUGCUGAACAGAAAGUCAGGCAUACUGGAUGGAGCAUGUCCUUGACCUUUCCAUGGCCUUUGACGUGGCAGAUCUAUGCUCGACAUCGCCGCCCCUUUUCAGAGCCUUGCUAAGUGGACUGGCCUCCUGACAUAUCCGUUCUCUGCAAUUAUAUAUUGCAUAGAAACCAUCAAGUGGCACUGGAUACCUGCGGGAUUACGGCAAACCCUUUCUUUGAUACGAGUCUUAACCACGUCAUAAUUGAUUGAUUUUAUUUAGACAGUAUGCGAUAUUGCUCACUCCGUACGUUAUCAUCUACACAUCUCGCCUUUGUGUAGGUACUUAUCACAAUACGCUAUAUGGCACAACCACGAGCUCGCGCUCUCUUUGAACAGGUACCUAUUAUUAAAUAUUAUGGCGUAAAUUUAAUAGA